UGAUUUCCAGAAACCUGCUGUCUUGUGUCUGAUAUGGCACUGGCAGCCUACAGCACUCUGAAGACUUCUGUGACGUAACAAUCUCUCCACCUCUUCCUGUGGGCUGCCAGCAGCGGCCUUAAGUCGCAGUGCCUUGUAUUUUGCUCUUGUGCGCAUGUGUAUAAUGUACUCUCCCUUCCCUGUUGUGUCUAUGCACCCUCCCUUAGUAACACCCCCAGCCAAUGAGAAGCAGAACCGUUGUUGCCAUGGCAAUGCGUGUCUGCAACUGAUUUGUUCAUUUCUUCUGUGCUACCUAGGCUCAGGGGGGAGGGAAUGCUGAAAAUGCUCAGUAUAGACGGUGAGGGAAAGGAAGUGGGCAAACCUUUUCAAAGAUGGCGGCACCAUUCACAGAAACAAGUAUGCAGCCUGCAGUGCCAAAAUACAUAUAUUCAUAGAGGUCACAAGAAGACAGUUACAAUGGGAACAGAGCUUUUGCUGAAUGACUUGGAUACAAAAUUCUGUGCCGACAAUCUACUGACGAAUGAAGACUGGGAAACAGGACUUUAUAGUUACCUAGAUGAAGCAGAUGAGAAUGGGGAGCUGUUUAACCACUAUCCUCUUCAACUGUUUGACAGUCACAUGGAUGUUGACUCCUGUUCCAUGUCAUCUUCCUGGGAUGAGAUCCACAGCAAGAAUUUAUCAGAUCUGCUAGUAAAAACUGAACCAGCAUCGCCAUUCUCCUCUUCAUCUUCCUGUGAUUCUUCCUCCUCCUGUGAUGGCCUUUAUACACAAUCUCUGAGGGAUAUAGAGACUGCCAUAAAGGUUGAACUUCCCCCAUCGCCUCCCUGUUCAAGCCAUGAUCCUUCUCUCUCCCAGUGCAGUGCUUUGCAAAUAACACUUCUUCCAGUGCACCCUGGGACAGGUCAGUCUGGAUGUCUUUCUAAAGCCAGCACCCUUCUGUCCAAGAAGCCACCUUUGCAGCCAAGACCUGCUCCUGGGACUAAACCUCAACCUACUUCAAAUGGCAAUACACCACACACCAUCAUAUUACAUCCUGUCACAAGCGCUCCUCCUGCAGGUCCAGUGCCAGCAAUCACAGCUUCACCACCAGUGCUCGUCUCCCAACUUCUUACAGUGCAGAAUGGGGGAACAGGAACCCCACCAGUUAAACCAGAAGCCAAGACCAUUGUGCCAGCCCCCUGUGCCGGUAAAAACAACCCUGCUGAGGUGGAUCCCAAACUUUUAAAGAGACAGCAACGAAUGAUCAAGAACAGGGAAUCAGCAUGUCAGUCUCGUCGAAAGAAGAAAGAAUAUGUGCAGGGGUUGGAGGCAAGACUGCAGGAGACAGAGAGGCUGCUGGAAAAUUCCCGUCGUGAGAACAGGGAACUGAGAGAAACAGUUCAGCAUCUAAUGAAAGAGAACGCAUCCCUCCGUGUCUCCUCUGGAAGAAAAGUUGUCUGUGUCAUGGUUGUUCUUGUGUUUGUUGCAUUCAACUUUGGGCCUACAAGUUUGUCAAGUAGUAUACUGAAGGAACCAGGGAGAAGUCCUGAAAUUUCCCAUCAUACCCGUCAUUUACUAACUUACCAGAGUGAAGAGGAUGCUUCUAAGAAUUCAGGAUCUAAGUACUAUACAUCACAGUCACCUGCCUCUGUAGGAAAGUUCAGUAAUAGUUCCCUGGCAAAUGUAAAACACCUUAUGGUCAGAGAUCUUGAUCAGCUUUUCCUUAAAUCAGAUUGCAGACAUUUCAACCACACAGAAUCUCUCAGAUUAGCUGAUGAACUCCGAUUAUGGGUUCGCCGCCAUCAAAAUGAAAGGAAAAAUGGAAAGCAACAAGCCAAAAAGCCAAGACGAGUGAAGAAGCCUCUAAUAAGAAAAGCUAUUUCUCUCUCAGACCUAGUACCUGCUCAGCCCUCCAGAGUCACACAUAGGUUACACAGUGCUCCUUUGCAGCUCUACAACCCCUCAGAGCCAAGCGACAAUUUCCUCAUGGAUGCCAUUGAAAGACGAGAGGAUACAUUCUAUGUUGUGUCCUUUCGCAGGGAUCACCUUCUCCUUCCUGCUAUAAGUCACAAUAAAACAUCCCGACCCAAAAUGUCUCUUGUAAUGCCAGCUAUGUCUGUGAAUGACAGUGUAUAUAACACAACUCGUGGCUAUGAAACAAUGAUGCAGAUAGAUUGUGAAGUAAUGGACACUCGAGUUAUCCAAAUUAGAUCGUCCACUGUGCCACCUUCCCUACGCACAGGGCCUUCUCCUCCUGCCCAAAAGGAGACGCCUCAUGGGAACCUCUCACUCUAUCUUCAGGACCAUACUCCGUCAGAUGAUGGGCAGGACUGACAGAAAGAGGAAUUAUGUAUAUUAACAUGCAAUACUUAACAGCACAGAUGUUUCAACCAAAGUCUAAUAAUAAGGCCAGAGGGGCUAUGUAAUGUAUUGGCUUAAAUGACCAUCAAGUUACCCUUCCGGUUUUCCUUUGCACAGGCUUGAUGGGCAGACAGUAGAGCUUCUUUUUCCAGUACACUGCAGGGGGGCAAGCUUAUUUCUGGGUUUCACCUGCCUGGCCCAGUGCUACACUAAGGCAGUCAAGAGAGAUGGUAUCUCAGUGCAGCAUUUAUAAGCAGACUUAGCUGUCCCUUGCUUGUGUGACUGCUUUGAUAGAAUAGAAUGUUAACAAUAUUUCUGUGGCUUAACGUUUUACCUUAGCUUAAAGUAUGUUAAGGAUGGUUGGAAGAUCUGUAUUUUAGACUUAGUGAAGUGAAGAUGAGUUUAAAAUCUGUAAAUAUUUAUCUGUAAAUACAAAAUGAUAGAGAACAUUAUUACGUGUGUAAAUGUGUGGGUCCUUGAGUGUGUGUAUAUAUGUAUAUAACACAGGCAUAUAUAUGCAUUUGGAGAGCCUGAGCACUAAAUAAAAUGAAAGGAGGUAGCUAUUAUGAUAAAACUGAUUUGUAGGCACACUGUAUAGCCCUAUUUUGCUAUGUUCGCUUUUCUCCAGUGUGUUGGCUUUCUCUGGGAAAUAGUCAAAGUCAGGAAUUGUGAUAAUUCAGUACAAUUCUUAUUGUGCUUCUAGACAUGUACAUGUAAAGGCAUUUGUUACAUUGGGUAACCCUUGCCUCACCUAUUUUAAUGGGUUAGCGGGUGCUGGAUGUUAGGAGGGAACCAAGAAAAUCAUUGGAGAAGGGAAUAUUUGGCUAGAAGUUACCACUAGUCUGGGACUAGUUAGGAGAUCCAAAUCUAGAAAUGUCUCUUUUUAUUUUUUGUUUUAAUUUAAUCUGUAAAUAACAGUGGGUGAGCUAGCAAUUUGUAACAGAAACUUGUGUGCAUAUUAUGUUCUAAUAAGUGGAUCCGGACCAGUUUUUUAAUUAAAUACAUGUUAUGCAUAUUGGUAAAAAGUGAAAAAAAAAAAGGGAAGAAACAAUUAACAGUUGCUAUGAAUCUUACACUAUAAAUAGACUAAAUGAUGUAUUUUAUGCACAUGUACAUAUGUUUUUAGCCCUUAGAGGGAAUAAUUUAAAACAAAAGGCACUCAUUUUUUGUUUGUGUGUUUUUGGGGGUGGUUGCAACUGAACUACAUGUUUCUAAGCAUGUAUAUUGUCUGUAUAUAGUAUGUGAACACACACAAUGCAGGCACCUGUGCUUUCAUAUGUUUUAGGUACAUUAAGAGAGGCUUUGCUUCUUUUUAAUUUAGACAAAUUUAUGACAGGGCCUGCAUGUGACCCACUGAGUGGUGUAUGUGCCUUAACUUAUUUGGAAGGAAAGGCUGCCCUUGGAUGGUGUAAGGGUCAGGCAGAAAUUGUGUCUUUACAUGUAUGUGUAUUUAGUAUAUGUAUAUGUACACAGAUAUGGCACUUCAUAUAUUUUCUUAGGGCUGUUUAAUGUCUUUUAUAUGUAUGAAAAAUAGAAAGCUGCAUAUGCUAAAGACUGUCAUUGGGAGAAGGGAUUAGUAGCUGUGAUGUCUGUUGUGUCAUUGUUUGUGUAGAUGAGUUGCUUUCUGCCUUCCUUUGUAUUUUCAUUACUGUUUUUUCUAAUAAACACCAAAAACAAAA